AUGGCGCUGGAAAACACAUUUUCGCUAUCAUCAGCUGCCAAUCAUGCAAUGUCAUUUACUGAUCAUGCCAUGCAAUAUUUUGCCACACAACCAGAAAAUACAAAUAUAACGUUUACUCAUGCAUUGCCAGGAUUUGUUCGCACAACAUUGGGUGAUAAUUUACCAUUUUGGGCUCGAUUACCAUUAAAAUGUGCCAAAGCCAUUGGUUUAGGAGUCACUUCAGAACAAUGUGCUGAAUUUAUGAUCUAUGGAAUGCUCGGAACGGAGAGUGGCUGUAGAUGUGUCGAUGACAAGGGACAAACAGUAACAAAGAAAAGUCCGCUGCAAGAAGAGAUGGUUACAAAAGUCUGGGAACAUACAUCUCAAAUAAUUUCUCCGAGUAAAUGA